AAUUAGGCUGACGUCUAAUUCAGAAAAGUCUGACUGUCCACUCCCACCCUGGGCGAUGUGUUCACGGAGCUGCCAAUCGCCGACUCUGGGCCAUUGAAAUCACAGGGCGAUUCUGCGCCGUUUGCAUCUUCCUGGUCCAGUCAUGGAUGUUGUGGGCUGCAUUUCGCUUCUGGUUCACACCUCGCUCACUCUGGCGGCUGCCUUCCUGGUCUAUUGGGCGUUUAAGCAGAGGCACCCAGCGGCUCCACCGUGCAUUGGCGGCUGCAUUCCAUGGAUCGGGGCUUCUUUACGCUUCGGGAAAGCGCCGCUUGAAUUUAUCGAGCAAGCCAGGCAGGAGUGUGGAGCAAUUUUUACCGUGGUAGCUGCUGGGAAGCGACUGACCUUUGUUACAGAAGAAGAAGAUUUUGAAAUAUUCUUUAAAUCUAAAAAUGUUGACUUCCAAGAAGCAGUGCAGGAGGCUGUCUGGCGUACUGCUUCUAUAAGUAGGAAGAGUUUCAGUAAGAGUCACACAGCUGUUCAUGACAUGAUGAAAUGGAGACUGGGUCCAUCGAGAUUACACCUCUUCUGCAGUAACCUAUCCGAGGAAUUCCAUGAAUGCCUCAUGCACCUUGGAACCAAAGGCACGGAUGACUUGUAUAACCUUGUCUGGCACAGUAUGUAUUCUGCAGUGGUGAACAACCUGUUUGGAAGAGGUAUAUGUCCCACAGAUAGAAAUACGGUUAAAGAGUUUGAGGAACACUUCCAGAAGUUCGAUAGUGGUUUUGAAUUUGGUUCCCAAUUACCAGAAUGUUUACUGAGAGGCUGGUCCAAAUCGAAGCACUGGCUUCUAUCGCUCUUUGAAAGUGUCGUAGCCAAGGCUGAAAAUAUGAAACCGGCAGAUGAUGACUCAAAGACUUUGUUGCAACAUCUUCUUGAUACUUUGGAUGGGAAUUCUACUGCUAAUUACAGUUUAUUGAUGCUCUGGGCUUCCCAAGCCAAUGCACUUCCGAUCACAUUCUGGACGCUUGCAUUUAUUAUUUCAAGCCCAUUUGUUUACAAGACCAUUAUGAAAGAACUAUGUUCAGUCUUUGAUGACCAAGGAAGUAAAAAGGUCGAAAUCAAAGAAACUGACCUUGAGAAGCUCCCGUACUUGAAGUGUUGCAUUUUGGAGGCAAUUCGUUUACGAGCUCCCGGAGUCAUAACUAGAAAAGUGGUGGAACCUCUAACAAUUAGAAAUUACAUUAUUCCUUCCGGGGACAUGCUCAUGUUGUCACUUUACUGGGCACACAGAAAUACCAAAUAUUUUCCUGAACCUGAAAAGUUUCUUCCUGAGCGCUGGAAGGAAGCAGUCAUUGAAAAACGAGGAUUUUUGGAUGGCUUCAUGGCUUUUGGUGGAGGCAGAUAUCAGUGUCCAGGAAGAUGGUUUGCAUUGAUGGAGAUCCAAAUGUUUGCUGCUCUCAUACUUUACAAGUAUGAGUUUACUCUUUUGGAUCCUGUCCCUAAAGAGAGUCCCCUUCAUUUAGUUGGAACCCAGCAGCCACUGGGUCCUUGCAAAGUUGAAUAUAAAUCCCGAUGACCACUACUUACUGUAAAUGAUACGGUCCCAAGUAACCUCUACUUGCUGUAAAUGUUAUUGUUCCAAAUAAAGGAUUGCAGUCAAAAAUAAUUUUUAUAAUGUUUUAAAAGGACACACAAAGUAUAAUCUAAAAAAAAAAAUGAGAAUGUAUCUGAUCUAAUUUCUAAAUGUAUACAUGUGUUGGACAACAUAAAAUUAUAAUGAAGAAAGUCAACCUUGGUCAG